UAUGUUCGUUCCUUAAGAAUACGUAAGAGUAACUUCUGAGAAUCCACCAAUUGAAUAUCUAAAAUCUCCUUAAGUGCUAAAGCCAUCACCUAAGACUAGUGUAAAUUUGAUUCUAAAUUUAUAAUGUGGAUUAAUGUUAAAAGUCUUAGUAAAGGUAGCUUUGUUCCAAACAAGAGGGCCUCCUAAAACUCUUUUACCUAAAUAAUAACUAAAAUAGAUAGUAUUUGUAUUGAUAAGGAAUGUAUCUGUUGUUUUAAAAUCUCCAGUACCUGAUGAUAUAGUACCUAUAAUUGCAGGAAUAUCAGUAUCAGUGGUAUUUGAAGAAUCAUAAAAGGCUUUUACUAUAUAUUUUGAAUCUUUAUUAGAGAAAAUGAUUACUUGAAGAAGGUGGCUCAUCUAAAUCGAUGCAUUCCCCAGAACUCGGUGUCGAAUGAGGAGGACAGGAAGGUACACAUCUAUUCUUGUAGAGUAAUCCAGUUGAACAAGCAUAGCAUUUUAAAUCAUAAUCACACCAAGAACAGGUUGAUUAACAUUUCAUAACAUCUAAAACCACAUUAUUAAAUCC